AUGCCUAUACAAAAUAACACUCAAUCGAUGGGAUCAUCUAAUGUAGUAUUCAAUACACAAACAAGAUUUGACACCACAUAUGUGAAGACCAAACAGGGUGUCAUUAAAACUGUUGAGAUUAUCCUUGACUUGCUAGGCUUUAUAUGCAUUCAGUCUUCAGCAUUCUGGUCCAACUGGCGUGGAGUUUAUUUUAAUGUGACUGCCCACUUGGGGCUGUGGUUUUCUGUGAUACUUCUUUUACUGUAUAUGUUCCACUUAAUAGAAAAGUAUCAUAAUAUUAAAUGGCUACAAAUAGAAAUGAUUGGAUGUGGAGUUGUGACAUUCCUUUACCUCAUAGCAUCUACAAUUGUGGUGGCUUUUGGAACUGCUACAUAUUCUGCAGCAGGGUUCUUUGGUUAUCUAGCUAUGGUGUUGUAUGGGUUUGAAGCAUUCACCAAAUUUCAAGCAAUAAAGUGUGGUGAAUUGGCACAAGGCAGCCGUGUAAUUACCAAACAGACACAUGUGACUACACCCCCAGCAUUACCCUAA